CCUCUCGCUGUGGAUUUACCGUGAGAAAGGGACGCUCAGACCGUUCUUGAACGUGGUGGAAAAUUCGCGAACAUUCUACAGCGGUACAAAAGAGGAUAACCGAGGGUAGUACGCAGGAUAAUCCCUCAGAGUGCGCAGCAGGCUAACCCAACGUAAAGCAGGUGUGUGAAACGUUGACUACUAGGCUAGGAGUUUCUGGUUACAGUUCUCAGUUGGCGCCUUGGUCAACCAUAAUACUUUAUUCUGCAACAACAACAAUCCGCUUCGUCAGCUGAAGUUGAUUCAUAACAAGCUCAAGGAGUUGUAGUACUUUAACACCUAUUGGACACAAUCCUGUCUGGAAUAAAGUCACUACAAACUAGAUGGUCAAGAUGGGGAAGGAUUACUACAGCGUUCUAGGAAUACAGAAAUCAGCGUCUGAAGACGAGAUUAAGAAAGCGUAUCGAAAGCAAGCUCUUCGUUACCACCCGGACAAGAACAAGGCGCCGGAAGCCGAGGAUAAAUUUAAAGAGAUCGCCGAGGCGUAUGACGUCCUCAGCGAUCCGAAGAAGAAAGAUAUUUACGAUCGGUUUGGAGAGGAGGGUCUGAAGGGCGGUGCUCCGUCGGGCGGGGGGCCCGGGGGCCCUGAGGGCCCGGGUACACCCAACUUCAGCUACACCUUCCAGGGCGACCCCCACGCCAUCUUCGCAGAGUUCUUCGGGGGUCGGAGCCCCUUCGACCACCUGUUCGGCGGCGGUGGCCGCAACGGGGAAGACAUGGACACAGACGACCCCUUCAGCCGCUUCGGGGGCAUGGGGCCCGGGGGCAUGGGGCCCGGGGGCAUGGGGCCCGGGGGCAUGGGGCCCGGGGGCAUGGGGUUCCCCCGCUCCUUCAGCGCCGGGAUGGGGGGUCAGGGCGGGGGCCGAUCGAGGCGCCAGGACCCCCCCGUGGUGCACGACCUCCGCGUCACCCUGGAGGAGGUGCUCACAGGCUGCACCAAGAAGAUGAAGAUCUCCCGCAAGCGUCUGAACCCGGACGGCCACAGCACGCGCUCCGAGGACAAGAUCCUGGAGGUGGAGAUCAAGAGGGGCUGGAAGGAGGGCACCAAGAUCACGUUCCCCCGGGAGGGCGACCAGAGCGCCUCCACCCUGGCAGCCGACGUGGUGUUCGUGGUGAAGGACAAGCCGCACCCAGUGUUCCGCAGGGACGGCUCCGACGUGGUGUACCGCGGCAAGGUGUCUCUCAAACAGGCUCUGUGCGGCUGUACCAUUAACGUCCCCACCCUGGAAAAGCGGACGGUUCCCGUGACGACGAGGGACGUGGUGCGCCCGGGGAUGAAGCGUCGCAUCACGGGGGAGGGGCUACCGCUGCCCAAACACCCGGAUCGCCGCGGCGACCUGGUGGUCGAGUAUGAGGUGACGUUCCCGGAGAGGCUGAGCCAGAGUGCCAGGGACACCAUCGCAGAGGUGCUCCCCUCGUCCUGAACCUGCCUCUCAGACGCACCCCGGAACCUUCCGAAGACUCCAGACGUUCUAGAACAUUCUACAGACUGUAGAAUCUGGACUUGAGAGAUCAGAGGCAUUUUAGAGAGAGACAGGCUGAUGAAGAUAUUACCUAUCUCCUAGCCCCUCUCUCCUCCCCUAGCCCCUCCUCUCCGAGCCCCUCUCUCCUCUCCGAGCCCCUCUAUCCUCCGAGCUCCUCUCUCUCCUCUCUCUCCACACCCAAGGUUGUGGAUCUUGCUGCUUGGUUCUGAUCUCUGCUGAAGGAGAUUCCUCAGGUUGGACCACGGUGCUGUUGAUGAUGUUGAUGUUGUUGAUGAUGUUAAUGAUGUUGUUUUUAAAUAUGUUUGGGUCAAUCUCUACUGAGAAGAGUCUGGUGUAGAAUGGGAACUGGUGCCAAAGUUGAACAGCCAUAUAUGGGCUUCCUGUGCCAGCCAGACUCUAAUUUCCUGUGUGUGUGUGUCUGCAUGGACGUGUGCAGGGAUGUUUUGAGUGUAGCUGUGGGCUUAGUUCCGUGUGGGAACACGGACUACAGAUCUAGAAUGUCUUACUUGUAUGAGGUUUGCACAGAACAGAGUGCUGCUGUGUGGCUUCAGGUCCAGGAGAACAUCCUCAAACUCCUAACUGCAUUUGUGGAACAUGAAAUGAGAAAGUGCAAGACCAAAUAGAUUUUUUGUUAAUUCAUGAGAAUGUAUUGUAAUCUCUCAUUUUUAUAUAUUGUGAUUAUGUCAUGUACAGAAAAAACGACCAUGUAUUUUUCUGACAUCUGUUUUAUUUGAAAUAAAAGUUUUUUCGUGCUUUGA